ACUUCAGACACUUUGUGGCAGAAUCUCUUCUCCCUACACUGCCAUAGUCAGUUGGUGGAAGUGUACAUGCUCGCUGACAGGAUACCAGCCCAGUCCGUGGCAGAGUCUGGUGCCAACAUGCCGAAGAAGCUCUUCACGUCCCAGUAAAGCAGAGUGCUUUCAUCUGCCAUGCCUGUGCAUCAGUACCACUUUUCCCUGGAAGGACCCACGUGUGGAUUCUCUGAAGUGUGUAUGAGGAGAUGAACUAAAAUGCAGCACACAACUUGCACAGAGGACAGGAUCCAUCAUGCAUUGGAAAGAUGUCUGCAUGGGCUGAGCAGAAGUACAGCCUCCUCCACCACAUGGACGGCUGGGCUGUGUCUGAACUGCUGGAGCCUGCAGGAGCUGGUCAGCCGAGAUGCAGGAAACUACCUCAUCCUCCUGGAGAAAAUCCUGCAGAAAACCAAAGAGGUCCAAGAGACAUGCAACUAUGACCUCCUCACUCCAUUGGCUCUGCUGUUCUAUUCUGCAGCUCUGUGUAAUCCUCACUUCCCACCAGACUCUGACCUGCUUCUGAAGGCCAUUAGCACCUACCACACCUUCCUUACCUGGCCUAUGCCCUACUGCAACAUCUACCGGGAGCUACUGACCUUCAUCAGUGAUGAACUCAAGGCACCAGGGAUUUCGUACCAAAGGCUGGUGAGGGCGGAGCAGGGACUGUCCAUGAAGAGCUGCCAGAGCUCCACCAUCACGGUUCUGCUGCUCAACCCCUCUGAGGUUCAGAGUGAAUACCUGUCUGUCGCCAAGAAGAUGAGCACCACAGAGCACACCCAGCACAGCACCUUCGUCAUGCUAAUUGGACACAUCUACCAGGCCACUUUUGGGACCAAGUGCGAUUUGGGCAGCUUACAGAACAUCCUGAAGUCCAAGACCUUAGAAGAGCUCUCAGAGAUCCAUUCUCACACCACAGAAGCUCAGGAGCUGGCAGCUGUUACCAGCGACCAUGUCGCAGCCAGGAAACAGCUGAAGUCCAUGCUGCAGGACAUUGCGGCUGAAGCAGGCUUUCCUAAUAUCACAGGGGAGGCCCAGUCACAUAAACUCCACACUGUCCCCAUCCCCGUUGCUCGAUGCUACACUUACAGCUGGGACAAGGAUAAUUUCGAUAUCCUCAGAGACAUACUCGACAAGGAGUGCGAUGUUCUCAAGCCGGUGCUCUUGGAGGAUGAGGAGGAAGAGGAGACGGAAACAGAUGGCUGUUCUCCACAAAGAGACUCACUCCUUUCCUCCAUUUCGGCGGUUUCCAAGGACUCUGUAUACUCAGAGUUAUCAGAGGAGACGUCGAAGCAUUCGCGGAUGUCUCUCUUUACCACUUCCAAGGACUCCAUUUCGGAGCUGUCAGUGGUCUCCAGAAGGUCCUUGAAAUCCUUUGUGUCUAGCCUCAAGGACUGCAUGGACAGUGGCUAUGUCGAAGACAGCGACGAGAGCUCUCUUGAUCUGGUGGGGAGGCCAGACCUCAAAGAGGAGACGACAGUUCACAAGCAGAGGCAGAGACUGGCCAGCAAAAUCUGCAAGUUGUUCAAGAGCAAAAGCCAGCUGGUCUUGCGGAGAGACGUAAAGGACUAUCCCGACACUGGUUCGCUCUCCCUGCCUCUGCGCCGGGCCGAGAGCCUGUGCAACCCGGAGGCCAAGCACCGGAUCCCAGCGCGCUCCCGGAGGGCUCUUUCCUUGCCCCAGCACGUGCUGAGUCAGCGGCUCCCGCAGCGCCAUGCAGUGCAGAACGUGUGCAUCCAGCGCAGGCCCUUCCUGAGCUACGACGAGGACACCAAGAUCUCCACGCUGCGCGUCGUGGUCUUCGGGUCGGACCGCAUCUCAGGGAAAGUGGCCCGGGCUUACAGAAACCUUAGACUACAAGAAAUUGAUUGCCCAUUACUGACAAGGUACUUCAAGCUGCAGUUUUUCUACAUCCCAGUGAAGAGGAGCUGCCUUACCUCAUCUGCACCACUGACACAUCCUCCUCCUCCUCCAGGAGAUCCUCACCUGAGAGCCUCAGGACAAACGGAGUCCAGCUCAGCUGGGGCACAAAGCAGCACCAACGACAUCUCCCACUACAUUGGGAUGUUGGACCCAUGGUACGAGCGCAAUGUUUUUGGGCUGAUUAACUUGCCGACGGACGUCCUGUGUCAGCAAUCUGCCAAACCCGAGGUGGAGCCUACGGAGGAGUCCAGGGAGCAGCUGCCCAUCUUGGCUGACAUGGUGCUUUACUACUGCCGGUUCGCCAAUCGCCCGGUGCUGCUGCAGCUCUACCAGACAGAGCUAACCUUCAUUGGUGGUGAAAAGAAGACUGAGGUCUUCAUUCACUCCCUCGAACUGGGCCACUCGGCUGCCACACGGGCCAUCAGGGCGUCGGGUCCAGGCAGCAAAAGGCUGGGAAUCGACGGCGACAGAGAAGCAAUCCCUCUAACACUACAAAUCGUCCAUAGCAAGACAGCAAUCAGUGGAAGGAGCCGCUGGAACGAUGUUGAAAAGGUCUGCACCUCCGUCAACCUCAGCAAGACCUGUAAAAAGUACGAAGACCUAGACUCGAAAACGGAGUGUCUGACUUUAACCAUAACUGAGGUCGUCAAGAGGCAAAACUCCAAGUCAAAGAAAAGCUUCAAUCAGCAGAUCAGCGUGUCCCAGAUAAAAGCGGACAAGGUCCAGAUCAUUGGGGUCAACUGUUCCUUCGCUGUGUGCCUGGAUCAGGAUGAGCAGAAAAUCCUGCAGAGCGUCACAAGGUGCGAGGUCUCCGCAUGCUACAAACCCAGGGAUUGUGAACCCUGCACACUGAGGACAUCCCCUUUGGAUCACUUCCCCCAAGACCAGCCUGAGCUCUGUUCUCUUCUGUGCUUGCCCAUCGCCACCUUCAGCGGAGCACUGCCGUAGAAGAACCAGCAAGGCCAGGGUCACCUCCCAGGCCCCAUGCCGCCUCAGACCAGACAUGCCUCCAGCCAAUCCUGAUAAUUGCCAAAGGAAAUGUAUUGCACUCCCUUGGGUCAGGGAUCUAGAGCUUCCUGCACCCAACCAUCUUGCAACGUGAAGCGUUAGUACAAUGGAUGAGCUACCCCCAGCCUGCGUUUAGCAUGCCCUUGAGAAAUGGAGGGGUCAGUUCAAAGCUCUGGUAGCUGUCACAGUUCAUGGCCUCUGGGAGGGAAGUGAGUUCCUUGUCAUCUCUAGAUGGCGCUGCCAUUAGCAGGGUGGGGCAAGGAGAGGAGUGCCACUUUCCUGAUCAGCUGUACUUGCAACCAGUGUAGAUACUGGAGAGACUGUGAUAGGCGGUUUUGGGGACACACAAAGAUGAGUCUCCUUAAACAGCUGGAGAGUUUCAAACUAACCUCCAGACAAUAUCCUGAUGAUGCUUCACCCAAAGCAAAUUUGAAGAUCUCUGUUAAUGUUACAAAUUCUUUGGAAUCAGGGGACAAGUUUACUCUGAAUUAUUUCGGGGCUUAUUUGUCCUACAGGCACAAAGAUGAGAGCUGCGUUUAAGGCAAGGAGGAGUUGAAUGUGGCUUGCAAAUCAUGGCUUGGUUGCCAGUGAUCUAGUGCAAUAGGCAAUUUCUGGGCAUACAUUGGUCUAUGCACCGUGUUACAUUUACUGUAAAGCUAGGUCACUAGAGUGAUCAACCUCUGUGUCCUGCUAAGUCUCGGAAAGCACAAAUUCUGGGGGGGCACACAAGCUCCCUUGUUCAGUUAAUGCUCCCGUGGCCAGCUUACCUGCACUGAAUGCUGGGUUCGAAACACCCUGGAGAGGUGAAUGUAUAGCGCUGAUGGAAUUGCACUCACAGUUCAGGGCGGGGGGAGGGGGGGAGCCGAGUACUGGGGAGGCCACGGUAUUGAGUGGGGUCAAGUUUAAAUAUACCAGAGAGACAGCUUUGCUGAAGAAGGCCCUGGAGCCAAAAACACUAGUGACACAGCGAUUAUAGGAUGCUGAGCCCCCUGGGAGAACCCCUCUCUCCAGCAGGAGACAGUUAACUCCCUUCUUUCUUGUUAAAAGGCUCUAAGUUCAAGGUGCCAGGAAGGUGCAAUGGCUGUGGGUGCAAUCUGACCACACAAGCAACGGGAAGUAGAACAGCCUUGUCUGCUACUCUUCACGGCAAAGCUAUUUAUUAGUGUUGGUUGGUUUACUGCCCUGUUACUAGCACGCCAAAGCACGCACGCUUCUGCUGCCUCACAUGGGUGCAGGCGGUUCCGAACACCAGGGUGGGCUCAGUCACUGGCUAAAACGCCCUUUUGCCAGUCCAGAAGGGGAUCGCUGCACCUUAUCCUGUCACAACAGUGUAAUCUGUGAUCUUGACAUACAUGGCUAAGUAGAUCUCGCCCCGUUAACAUUGUAAACACUGAUGCUUUCACUGGCCACACAAAAAUAUUGGAGAGAAGAAUUUCCCUGUGAUAAAUUAAAACAAGCACAAAACUCUAGGAAUGUAUAACCCCAUUAAGGAUUUUGGGCCUGCAAUGCUUUUUUUUAAAUGAUAGAAAUUCGUUUCAGGUUGAACUGUAUAUAUGUUGGACGUCAGCAAGUUGGUGUGUCUGUGAUCAUUUGUAAAAUAUUGUUCAAAGAACUUUUAAGAGAACUGUAAAAUAUUAAACAUUGAUUUAUUUCAAGAGCAA